UAAAGAAAUUUGAUCGACUGAAAAGAAGUAAAAAAAAAGUAAAAACGGGGAAAAAACCAAAAAGAAAAAUUCACUUAAAUUCACAUAUAUAUACCGAAAUAUCAAGUUAGAUAUACAUAGUAGAUAUGCCUGCCUAUACAUGCAUCUCUACAUGUUGUACAGAUAGCAAAGAAAAAGCAACAACAACCACAAUCACAUAUGAAAUUUAAAAAAUCUUUUUUUUUUUUCUUACGAAGAAAAAACAAAAAUUCCCAAACGUAAAAUCUUUUUUGAAUUGAGAGUAUAAAAAAAAUUUAGAAAACGGAAACGAAUGAAGAAAAAUCCUGUAUACGUCUCACAGUAGAUGGCAAGAAAACGAGUCAAGGAAAAAAUAUUGCAUUCUUACAUACAAACAGCGCGAGAACGAAAGAGCGAGAGAGAGAGAGAGAAAGAGCCAGCAAGCGAGCAGAGUAGAAUAUUGGUGCUUAUAAUCUAAAUAAAAAAAAGAAAAUAUUACGAGAUAUUCAAACAAAAAGAAGAAGAAAAAACCGAAAGAGUAUUUAUAAUAAAACAAGAAAGUUAUUAUUAUCAAUAAACCCACCAAAUAAUUAUAGUAAUACUACAAAAACAACUACAACAACAACAAGAAAACACCAACAGUAACAACAACAACAACUAUUACUACUAAUAUUACAACAAAAGGGUAAUGAAAAAAGAGAAAUUCAACAAAAACCAAAGAAUUGAAUAGCGCAUACAAAAAAACGGGCAUUCUUCAUUGCCAAUGUGAAACAUAGGAAAAAGCCCCAAAAGCAAAUUACAAUGAAAAUAAAAAUUUAAAACACAAAUCAAUUCUAAAAACAUCAAAGCCAAUGCCAAACUAAAGCAGACAAAACAACAUCCUACAAAAAUUAAUCCAACAAUUAAAACACACAACAGCAGAAAAAAAAUAUCACAACAAAUUAAAACAAAACAAAAAACAACAUCCAUAUCCUCCUUAUAGUUACUAAUACCACUACUACAACAACUACCUACUAAUACUACAACUGUUUAAAAUUAUAAUACAAAAGAGCUAACAAUAAAAAAAAUAAAAUACUUAACACAACGGAAACGGAAACAAGAAAAAUGCUUAAAUUUAAACUGCAUCGUUUUUCAGACCACAAUUAAAGAGCCGCCAGCGAGCCAAGUCAUUUGAAUCAUUCACCAACACUAACACCACCACCAUCACCACCGCCACCAACCCCCAAACAUCACCACCGUCAUAAUCAACUCGCCACCAAAGCGUAUAAACAACGUCACCACCACCACCAACAACAACAACAUUUACAACAGCAGCUAUACCAUUCACUCUUCUAGCAACAAGUUGAGAAGAAGAGGCCGGGGACCCAACAAAAAUCCAAUCCAAUUCAAUCACCGAAAAAAGCAAAACAAACAAAAACCAAGAACAUCAUCAAUAAAAAAAAAACAACAACAACAAAAGCAACCAGAUAAUUGCAAAGCAGCCAAGAGAGCGCCAUCAAAAUCCCCAUCAAUUUUUAUUGUUUUUUUCUUGGCACGAGGUUUAAAUAAAAAACAUUCAAAAUUUACAAAUUAAACAAAACGGAUGCGACACAUUUCGCACGCUCACCUUACAAAACGACAAAAAAGACAUCACCUGUCGUCGUCGUCGUCGCCUUCGCCAAAACUCGGUCUACCAUCAUCACGAUAGACAUUUCACGAAGUGUGAGUGGAUUGUGGUUGUGCACAACGACGUGAAAGCCGAACGGCCUAAAGCGUUCGUUCGAUUGAUAGAGAGAUUCAGUGUGGAGAUUGCCCCACCGUUAUUGUAUUUGGUGUGUGCGUGUGUGUGAGUGUAUUGGUAGCCGCAACGGAUAUAGCGGAAGCAGACGAAGAACAAGAAGAAGCAUCUUGCUAGAGAAGUGACGUUGAGUUACGUUGUGAAAAGGGAGAUAAACCACCGCGGCUAUACCGCGGCAGAUUAUGUCACGAGACGAUUACAAUCCUGUAACAAGUUCUGGUGUUCGUAGCCCGGGUCGUGCCAGACGACUGACGGAAUUGCCAACAGUUGAUCGUUCGCCAUCACGGGAUUACGGUGCACGUGGAAGUCCUUUAGAACAAGGAGAAGAUAGUUUGUAAAGCAACAACUACAACAACAGCAGCCAACUAAAACACUCUAUAAACCCAAGCAACGACCACCCACCCACCCACUAGCCAAGAACAUUCUCAACACACCUCUUAAGAAAUACCAAAAAACAAGAAGAAAAAAAAACAACACUCACACUCCCCAUUUACCUUAGCAUCACAACAACAACAGCAAUAGUAGAAGCAGCAACAGUAAGCUCUCUCUCCCCACCCACUACACAUAGCCUUCAUCACAUUAAACGCAGUAAUUGCUCUACGAACAUACAAAAAUUGGAGUGUUCUCUCUCUCUCACCCCCCUUUUGGGCUGUGCUGAUAAUUACCUGUGUUUGGUGUGUUCAUCGGCAACGACAGCAGCAGUAGCAGCGACGAAGGCAGCACUGGCAGAGACGGAUUCAUCUGCCAUUCUUUGUAGUCUCACUGAGUGCGUUGUGUUGUGUUGCCAACCGUGUUCCUUGGUUUUCGCAGUGUUUUUCGUUUUUUGUUCAUUUCACCUGUGACAAGUUAACAUUAAAAAAGCCUCAAACUGGAUUGCAAUUAUGCAAUGGGCAGUCCAUACUACAGAGACAUGGAUGAGCCAACCAGUCCCGCGGGGGCGGGACAUCAUCGAAGUCGGAGCGCCAGUAGACCCGUAAUGUCACAUGGUCUGGAUUAUCCAAGAGCCCCCCGCUAUCAGUCCUUGGAUAGAGGUGGCCUGGUCGAUCAUCAUGACCGUGAGUUCAUACCCAUACGUGAGCCCAGAGAUCGUUCGCGAGAUCGAUCUUUGGAAAGGGGCUUGUAUUUGGAAGAUGAACUCUACGGACGUUCGGCCAGGCAGAGUCCAAAUCCUUUGGGUUUUAAUUCGGGCAUGCCAACCACGGAUCGAGCGUAUCUGGGCGAUUUGCAACAUCAAAACACAGAUCUGCAGCGUGAAUUGGGUCAGCUGAAACGAGAACUGGAGCUGACAAAUCAAAAGCUGGGCAGCUCCAUGCAUAGCAUAAAGACUUUUUGGUCACCAGAACUGAAAAAGGAGCGAGCGUUGCGAAAAGAAGAGAGCGCCAAGUAUAGUUUGAUCAAUGACCAGCUGAAAUUGUUGAGCACGGAAAAUCAAAAACAAGCCAUGUUGGUGCGUCAAUUAGAGGAGGAACUACGUGCUCGCAUGCGUCAGCCCAACAUUGAGAUGCAGCAACAAAUCGAAGCGGUCUAUGCGGAAAAUGAUCAUUUGCAGCGUGAAAUUAGCAUUUUACGAGAGACAAUCAAAGAUUUGGAAUGUCGAGUGGAGACACAGAAACAAACUUUGAUUGCACGCGACGAAAGCAUUAAGAAGUUAUUGGAAAUGUUGCAGGCCAAAGGCAUGGCAGGCAAAGAGGAAGAACGACAAAUGUUCCAACAAAUGCAAGCCAUGGCUCAGAAACAGAUGUACGGUAAUUAUCCACCUGCCGGAAGCCCACCGUUGCCAGAUAUUAUAGGACAAUAUUACACUAGUGGUUACGGCGGCGGUGUACCGGGUGCUGCCGCCACCCUGCCAUGCUAUGAUAUGUAUGGUCCCUCGACCUCAUCUGGCUAUUUGUAUGAUCCCUCGCUUGCAGCUGGCGCUGGUUAUUAUGGACAGACUUCGCCCAUACGACGGCGUCGUUACAGUAUUGCGGGCCUGCCCUCGGCCUCGAUGAUGAACGAUUACUAUGGCUAUCAGCAGCCAUUGGGGCCACCCAUACAUCAGUCUUCCUCCUCGAAUAUAAUUAAUUUGCUCAACGAGGCUCACAAGUCCAUUUCAAGAUCAUCGCAGAUAUUGUCGCAACAGGCACGUCUUCAGCAGGCCCAACAAGCUGCCGCCCAAACGGUUACGCCUUUGUCUCACUAUCCGGGUCGUGUUAUCUCAAGUUAUCCCACGCUGCAUCCGGGCGAUACUUCGCCACCCUAUUUAAACGAUAAUCUUAUGCAAAUGUCCGCGAGUUUUUCGUCGCAGCCAAACAUGUACUUCCAGCAAUAUAGCCAGCCACCGCCUCCUCCGCCGGCCCCCUCGCAAAUGCAAUCAGUGGCCGGGGCAAUGGGUCUGACCGGUGCGUCGCGUCUCAGACCCGCGUAUUCCGUAUCGAAUCUUAACUACUUAAAUUAUCCCGGUAUUGGCGGCAGCAAACCGUAUGGUGCCGGCAGUAGUUAUCUCACUCCCAGCCAACAAUAUGCUGCUGCACAUAGUCUGUACAAUAAUCCUUCCGAGCUAACACCAUAUAAUAUACAAAAUCUGCUGCAACAACGUAAUUUAAUGUCCUCGUUACACGCUUCGAAUCCCGCCAUUUCGCAAUUGUAUCAGCAACAAGCUGCCGCCGCAGCCGCUCAAACUCCCUAUUCGGCUGCCCACCAACAGUUGUUGGCCCAAAAUAUACAACAGCAAUUUGCCGGCACACAACACUAUGCACAUCAGCUGCCAGCCAGUGCACAUCCCUCGGCAGCGCAUAUUCACGCUUCGGUGCAACAACAGCUAAAUCCCGAUCAUCAAUUCCACAUACAUCAGCAGCAGAAUCAUUUGCAAACGCAUCCCUUGGCGGCGCUGGCCAGCACAACGGCCCCCUUUCCCGCCACACUGACCAGCAGUGCAUUGCAUGAUGUCCGCAGUACGAUGGGUGCCACGACAGGACUAACCGGUUCGGCGGCCUACGAUGCGUUGUAUGGUGCGCCCACGCACCACCAUCAUACACACAUGCACCAUCCGAGCACGUUAGGACACCACCAUCAUUCAUACUCGACACCACAUCAUUCACAUCAUCAGCAUCAUAUGUCACCAUACUCGAAACUAGAUUUAGAUUAUCCAAAACUGCCACAAGAGCAUAAACGCCAAUUGGACGAAUUCCGUCUUGAAAUACAGAGGAGGGAUCAGGAAAUUUUGGCUAUGGCGGCCAAAAUGAAAACAUUGGAAGAGCAACAUCAGGACUACCAACGGCAUAUUGCGGUAUUGAAGGAGUCAUUAUGUGCCAAGGAGGAGCACUACAAUAUGCUGCAGGCUGAUGUUGAAGAGCUGCGAGCCCGCCUGGAGGAGAAGAACCGUCUGCUGGAGAAGAAGACCCAGGGCACAUUGCAGACGGUGCAGGAACGCAAUCGGCUGACCAGCGAGCUGACCGAACUCAAGGAUCACAUGGAGAUUAAAGAUCGUAAAAUAUGUGUACUCCAGCGCAAGAUUGAGAACCUUGAGGAUUUGCUUAAGGAGAAGGAUAACCAGGUGGAUAUGGCCAGGGCAAGGCUGUCGGCAAUGCAAGCUCAUCAUAGCAGUUCAGAGGGCGCUCUCACAAGUCUCGAAGAAGCCAUUGGCGACAAAGAAAAGCAAAUGGCCCAACUGCGAGAACAGCGAGAUCGUGCCGAGCAUGACAAACAAGAGGAACGCGAACUGCAUGAGCGUGAAAUUGCCGAUUACAAAAUCAAAUUGAGGGCCCUCGAAAGUGAGGUGGAGAAAUUGAAUACUCGGCUGGAAAGAGCAGUUACCGAGCGAGAGCGUUUGGAAAUCAAACUGGAGGCCUCACAAAGCGAAUUGGGCAAGUCCAAGGCGGAAUUGGAAAAGGCCACCUGUGAGAUGGGCCGCAGCAAUGCCGAUUGGGAGACAACUAAACAGCGCAUUGCCCGUCUGGAGUUGGAAAAUGAGCGACUCAAGCACGAUUUGGAACGAUCUCAGAUGCAGCUAGAAGAACAAACCACACUACAUAAAUCGGUACAAAAAUUAAUGUAUGAAUCUGGACAAAUAUCGACAACAUUUGGUCGCACAACACUAACCACUUCCCAAGAGUUGGAUCGAGCCACAGAAAGGGCCGACAAGGCGGCAGCCGAACUGAGACGUACCCAAGCCGAGCUGAGAGUCACUCAGUCGGAUGCUGAGAGGGCACGCGAAGAGGCUGCAGCCCUGCAGGAGAAACUCGAAAAGAGCCAAGGUGAAGUGUAUAGACUGAAAGCGAAACUAGAAAAUGCCCAAGGCGAACAGGAGAGUUUGCGUCAAGAACUAGAAAAGGUCCAAGGUGGCAUUUCCCGCAUACAUGCCGAUCGCGAUAGAGCCUUCUCCGAAGUGGACAAGAUGAAGGAAGAAAUGGAACGUACCCAGGCUACCUUAGGCAAAGCACAAUUGCAACAAGAAAAACUCCAGAAUGCAUUGGACAAGGCACAAAAUGAAGUCGAUCACUUGCAAGAGAAACUGGACAAGUCCAAUACAGAGUGCCGUCGCCUCACCUUGGAGAAGGAGAAAUAUACAUAUGACUAUGACAGUUUACAAUCACAAUUGGAUAAGGCUCUGGGUCAAGCAGCCCGUAUGCAGAAGGAACGCGAAACCCUAACAUUGGACACAGAUCGAAUACGCGAAAAAUUGGAAAAGACGCAGAUGCAACUUGCCCGUGUCCAAAAAGAACGCGAUCAAUUCUCUGAUGAAUUGGAGACACUUAAAGAACGCUCCGAAUCCUCGCAGACCCUGCUACAGAAGGCAGCACGCGAUCGGGAGGCCAUGCAAACCGAUUUGGAGGUCCUCAAAGAACGCUAUGAAAAAUCGCAUAUUAUACAGCAGAAAUUACAGAUGGAGCGUGACGAUGCUGUGACCGAGGUUGAAAUUCUCAAGGAGAAACUGGACAAGGCCCUGUAUGCCAGCCAGAAGUUGAUUGAUGAGAAGGAUACCUCGAACAAAGAGUUCGAAAAGAUGUUGGAGAAAUACGAUCGAGCCCAAAAUGAGAUUUACCGCCUGCAAUCACGCUGUGAUACCGCCGAGGCCGAUCGGGCCCGCUUGGAAGUUGAGGCCGAACGUUCCUCGCUGGCUGCCUCGAAAGCCCGCGAGGAUCUGCGUAAAUUGCAAGAUGAAAGUACUCGACUGCAGGAGGCCUGCGAUAGGGCCGCCUUACAGCUCAGUCGAGCCAAAGAGGCCGAGGAUAAUGCUCGUGCCGAACUCGAACACCACCGUGAACGUUAUGACAAAAUUCAAACCGAUCUUCGCCGAACGCAAGGCGAAAAAGAACAUUUGCAGUCUGAGUUGGAGAGAGUGGCAUACGAGUUGGAGAGAGCCCAUGCUGCCCAGAGCAAAGCUAGUGCCAGCGUGGAGGCAGCCAAGGAGGAGGCUGCCCACUAUGCUGUGGAAAUGGAGAAGAUGCGCGAUCGUUAUGAGAAGAGCCAGUCCGAACUUAGAAAGUUGCAGGAUACCGAAACAUUUGGUCGUGAGACCCGCCGCCUUAAGGAGGAAAAUGAACGUUUGCGCGAAAAAUUGGACAAAACGCUCAUGGAACUCGAAACGAUCCGUGGCAAAUCGCAAUACGAAUCAGAAUCAUUUGAGAAAUACCGCGACAAAUACGAGAAGAUCGAGAAUGAGAUUCAAAAUAUGGAGUCUAAGUUGCACGAGACUUCAUUGCAGCUUGAACUGUCGAAGGGAGAAGUCGCCAAAUUGUUGGCCAGUCAGGAGAAACAACGCACUGAGUUGGAGAGAGCCCACAUCGAACGCGAAAAGGCCCGAGACAAGCACGAGAAGCUAUUGAAGGAGGUAGAACGUUUGAGAUUACAACAAUCUUCAGCCAUCAGCCCGGCUGAGUCAGUGCGAGCUUCGGUAACAGCAGGAGAGCGUACAGAAAUAGAUAGGUUAAGGGAUAGGUUAGAGAAAGCUUUACAAUCUCGUGAUGCUACCGAAUUGGAAGCCGGAAGACUGGCUAAAGAAUUGGAGAAAGCUCAAAUGCAUUUGGCUAAACAACAGGAAGCAAAUGAAUCUACACGCAUUGAAUUCGAGCGCAUGUCUGCUGAAUUGGGUCGUCUGCACGAUCGCCUCGAGAAAGCAGAAGCCGAGAAGGAGGCUCUCAGACAAACCGCGCGCACUGGUGUGGCGGACAAACCUCAUCCACAACUCGAAAAGCACAUGCAACAAUUGGAGGCCGACGUCAAACAGCUGACAAUCGAACGGGAGCAAUUAGUGCAUCAAUUGGAGAAGAGCCAAGAGAUCCUAAUGAACUUCCAAAAGGAACUGCAAAACGCCGAAACAGAACUGCAAAAAGCCCGCGAAGAAAAUCGUAAACUGCGCAAUGGCCAUGCCGCAACGCCGUCAGCGCCAGUCGCCGCAGCAUCGGCGGCCGAAAUACAGGCCAUGCAAAAGGAAAUUGCAACGCUGCAACAGAAACUCCAAGAAUCCGAAAAAGCUUUACAGAAUGCCGGCACUGCAGCAGCAGCAGCGGCGCAGGGUGGCGCCAGUCGCGAGGAAAUCGAACAAUGGCGCAAGGUUAUCGAAACCGAAAAGGCCAAGGCCGAUAUGGCCGACAAGGCGGCACAGGAAAUGCAUAAACGCAUCCAAAUGAUGGAUCAGCACAUUAAGGAACAACAUGCUCAAAUGCAGAAAAUGCAACAACAGCUGAUACAAUCACAACAACAAAUACAGCAGCAACAGCAACAACUACAGCAGCAGCAACAACAACAACCAGCAGCUGGUGCUGCCGCCGCCGCCGCCGCAAACACCGAGGAAAUCAACAAAGAACUGGAGAAAAUCAAGGCUGAGUUGCAAGCAGCGACCACACAAAGGGAUCAAUUCCAACAGCAACUGGAAGUAUUGGUGGAGGAAAUGCAGAAGAGUCAGGUCGAAAAACAAGAACUGGCGAAACAGCUGCAAGCUGCCCAACAACAAAUCCAGCAACUGCAACAACAAUUGCAACAAGCCGCUCAAGCCGGAGGUGCAAAUGCUGGAGCCACCGAAGCGCAACGUCAACAACUCGAACAACAACAGAAACAACUGGAAGAAGUGCGUAAACAAAUCGAUAAUCAGGCCAAGGCGGUCGAAAGUGAACGUAAAAUCAUUGAAGAGCAAAGGAAACAGAUCGAAGCCAAACGUAAGGAUAUCGAAGAGAAGGAAAAGAAAAUGGUCGAAUUCGAUGUUCAGUUGCGCAAACGGAAAGAACAAAUGGAUCAAUUGGAGAAACAAAUACAAGCUCAAGGUGGUGGCGCUGCAGCAGCGGGAGAACUCAACAAAAAACUCAUGGACACUCAGAGACAAUUGGAAGCUUGCGUCAAGGAAUUACAAAACACCAAGGAAGAGCAUCAAAAGGCCGCAACGGAAACGGAACGAUUACUCAAAUUGGUACAAAUGUCUCAAGAAGAACAGAAUGCAAAGGAAAAGACAAUUAUGGACUUGCAACAAGCCUUAAAGAUAGCCCAAGCAAAAGUCAAACAAGCACAAACACAGCAACAACAAGAUGCUGGACCAGCUGGAUUCUUAAAGAGCUUUUUCUAAACAUAUACAUAGUUAUAAACAAUUACUCAUAUAAAAUUACUCUUCUACACUAAUCUACGACACUACAGUUUACAGUUUCUAUACUUAUAUUUGUACAUUUAUUAAUGUUCUUUGCUUUCUUCGAAAAUACAACCAACAAACAAACAAAAAAUAAUCAACAACAAACAAAAAAAAGGGAAAACCCAAAAAAAUCAACAAAAAAUAUAUCAUUGAAUCUUCAGUAUUUUUGCCACAUAUUCUCUCUCUCUCCCUCUAUCUCUAUCUCUCUCCAAAAAUGAAAAGACAAGACAACCAACCAACAACCAAAACCAACUCUCUCAACAAAACUUAAAUUCGAAUAUUUUUUCUACUCGAUAUUUAUACAUACAAAUUAACAACAACAACAACUGCUGAUUGCUUUCAAAUUUAUAAUUAAGUUAAAAUUAAUAACAAAAAAACGUAAGUUGGAAAUCUUUGAAUCUUAUUUCCUGUUGAGUUUCAAAAAUUUCAAGCCCACAGAAUUGGAUUAAAUUAUUGAUAGUAACAAAAAAAAAAACAAAACUAGAAAAUAUAAUGAAAAAAAAAUUGGUUUAACUAUAAAACAAAUUAAGAUUUAUAUAUAUACAUAAUAAAACAAAUACAAAUAUAUAUAUAUAUAUAUAUAUACAUAUAAACAUAAUGUGAUGUCAUCAUAAAAUUAAAAAAUAAACAAAAAUUAAAAACCAUAGUUUACUAUAUUUGUCAAAUAAACAGAGAAACAAAUCAUAUGGAUGAAUAAGAAAAUUAGUAAAGAGCAAACAUAUACAUAUAUAUUUAUAAACAAAUAAAUAUACGAGUAUAUAUGUAAUAAUUGAAGAAAAACUUAUACAGCAUUACCAAAACCCCCAUUAAUACCCCCAAUGACCCCCCAGAAAUACAUAUUCACUUUGAAAAAGGCAAACAAAAAAAAUAACAAACCAAAAAUGUUAGUAGUUAAUAUUAAAUAAAAUUACCGAAAUCCCCCUAACCCACAAAAAAACAAAACAAAAGAAAACAAAUAACAACAAAUCAUAACCUUAUUAUUAACAAUAAUUAACAUAUAGAAAACCCCGCCCUCCCCCCACAAAUUUGUUAUAGUUAGUAAAUUUAUUUAAGUGAGAUAAAGUUAAAUAUUAUUAAACAACUAAAAUAAAAACAAAUAAUAUUAUAUUAUAAAAUUAAUUGUAUAUAUUAGUAAAUAAAACAAUAAAAUUAAUAUACGAUGAGAUUAAUUAGAACAAAAGAAAAAGAUCCAAUGCGGCAGUAAAAACAUGAAAUAACAACACACACAGUAAAUACCGAACAAACAUUAACGUAGACAUAUUUAAAAUUUAACCAACAAUAUUAAUCGAAAAUAAAAGAACUUGUCCUCAUAUGUUUCAGAUUACAAAAUUCCACACACAUGUAAAUACAAUUCAGAAAUUGGAAGGAGAGCUAUGCGAACAGCAGGAUUCACUAAUAGAAGAUUGCGUCACUUGUUGAAAACAAUGUCAAAUGUGCCGCUUGAAGAAGUGACGAGAAUUGAGAAAAUUUCAAAAAAUUUCUCUCAAUCAAUCUUAUUUAGUGAGUCCUGGCAAAUAACCAUUAAGAAGGCAUGCAGUGUUUUGGGAAUUUUACGUUUAUAUGAAAGCUAAGUGUAAUUUUUUUCAGUUUCCAACUAUAAUAUAUAUAGGCUCUCUUAAUAUAAUGACUACUUGACAAUUUAUUUACUAACAAAAAUGUAUCAAUAUUAGCAGGGAGUCGUCGAACCUCGAUUAUCCGCCAUUCUCGGGUCCAGAGCCAUCACACAUAACGAUUUUCCCGGAUGACAUUUUUUUCCAUCUUCACCGCAUGUUUUUAAGUAAAAAUUAUGUACUGUGCUGUUUUUUAAUAUUCAUCUCUGAAGCUGAAUCUACUAUCGUCUGGCGGAAUUUCUAGGUUGAUAUCAUUGAUAAUAUUAAGAAAAUACUUUAGGACUAGGAAAAAUUUUGUUGCUAAUGACGAUGGAUAAUGCUAGAACUCUUUCCUUUCUUCAGUCUUCGAAUAUAUAUAAUGAAAAAUGGUUAUUCUCGAAAAGUAUUUUCGGUAUUUUCGAUGUUCAAAAAGUAGCAAAAUAUGUACCAAAGUAUCAAAAUUAUCAUCCCUGGUUUGAAGGCUUUGGAGCAACUUAAAAUCUGGUUUCGUCAUCUGUCUUUAGAAUCUUUUUCGGUCUUUAGACUAUGUAAUUUUUUGGUAAUUGAUACCAAAACGGUUGAUUUAGACCACGAGAAUGUUAUUAGAAAGGAGAGAUUGUUUCUAUGACUUCUGAAGAAAAGAAAUUGCCAGCUUUUCAGACAAAUCGAGACACUGAUAUCUCACCCCUGGUGGUGAUUGGUUUAAGAUCAUCCUCAUUAAUGCAAAUGCAAAUUUUGCUCAUGAACAUUCCACUAAGGAAUGUUCAUCCUCAUUAAUGCAAAUACAAAUUUUGCUCAUGAACAUUCCACUAAGGAACAGGGGCAAACUCAUUAAUAUCAUUGUGAAAAAUAUUCGUUAGCCUGACCGGUCUACAGUUUCAUAGCUCAGCAAUUGUAGGUUGAACACAAGCAUUAGGACUAUGUGAAAUCUACGUAAGCCAAUCACCAUUUACCACUUCACGGACAGUUGCUUUUUUUCUGAGCAAUAUCUUCUGAAACAAUCCCUGUUCUCCAAUCCAUAAUCUCAUUGUGUUUGCUAUAUUCCUCUGCAAUAUUCCAUCUAGCUUUGUUUCUAUAUUUAAAAUCAACAACUCAUGAAAGCUGCAUAUUUUCUAUGUACUCCAUGCUCCGAGUGUUUAAUCAUAUUUUUUUGGAGCAUGUAAUCAUUACUCCGAAAUUCAGUAAUGAUUUUUGUCCUAUUUCAAUUCUUUCAUAUCUUUCAAAGGUAUUCCGUUUAUCAUCUUAAUCUUUGCAUGAAACUACGGAUUUUAUCAUGUUUUCUUCCACAUCUUCUAACCUUAUUACAUCUUAAGUAACCCUUUCCAAACCGUUUGCGUAGGUUAUAUGAGAUAUGUGGCCAUUAUUGUUUUCAUUAAACGCUAAGGAUCUACCACUUCGAAUUUAAUCAAGCAUAACGACCACAAAAACGGUAUAAGUAGAGAUUAUUUCAAUGAGUUCUUAAAGAAAGAUUAAUAAUAUUCUAAAGCGAAGAUUUUAUAUUUGUCAAUUAUAACUUAUGUUUUUUAGUCUAAAGCGAAUAUCAGGAUUUUUUUUUUUUAUUUUCUUCUUGGGGCGAAAUUGUAAAGAAGUAAAAAAAAAAUGUUAUUUUCUGAAUCUUCCACACAUGAAAGUAGAAAUGUGGUAUCAGAUGAAGACCACUCAGAAAAUAAUCACCGCAAAAAAACUCAACAACUGUAUUUGUAUGUGAAAAGCGUUGGUGCUCAACAAUUUUAUUAAUUGAACUAAUGAUUUUAGUUGUUGAAAUGUGUUUGCUAAUUCUUGACAGACAAAACUUUGAAAUUUUAACGAUAUCCACUAAUUUUUUUUUUUUGAGCUAGUUGUUGGUAGUCUCCUAAUUGGGACCACCUCAUUAUAAAUUUGUACAAGAAAGCUACCUGCUGUUGGACAGAAAGAAGCGUUCAUCUCAAUUAACUUGUCAUAUUUUAUCAUUCAAGAUUGCAUAAUCCAAAUUUUUAAAAUCUCGCUAGAAAAACGUCUCCUUAGUUUUAUGUACGGUAAAGUCAUAUGCAAGGAAAAUAAGAUCGUGUUUUUAAAAACAUGGAACAAAUGUUUGAUCAUUUAACUGUGUGGAAUAUUUGUAUUGUUAAUAAGAAAUAAAUCUAAAAUUUUGUUGACAGUUGAAGGGGAAUGCUUCGGAUUCUUCUGAUUAGCAGCAGUAAGGUUCAAAGUUAAAUUAUCCAUGGUUAAUGGAGAAUCAACCAGGAUAUUGCAGUUGAAGUCUCCUGAAAUAACAACGUCAUUAUAACCCAAAGUUGCGCAUUCCAAGACAUCAUAAAGUCUUCACUUGUUGAUAGAACUGUUGAAGGGAAAUGUUUAGGAUUCUUCUGAUUAGCAGCAGUAAGGUUCGAAGAUAACUUAGCCCUGGUUAAUGAAGAAUCAACCAGGAUAUUGCAGUUGAAGUCUCAUGAAAUAACAACGUCAUUAUAACCCAAAGUUACACAUUUCAAGAUACCAUAAAGUUGUAGUAAUUAAAAGUCUUCACUGGUUGAUAUAAGAGAAGUUUUUAGCUGUUUCUUUAAGGAACAUUUAAGGAAACUACAACAGAUUUCUAAUUUAUGAAAAUAAAAUAUAAUUAACUUUUUAACAUGAGGCGAAAAUUUUUUCAAAUUAGCUUAUCAUUAAAAAAAUUUUUUGGUUCAAAUAUUAUGAGUUAACAUAUAAAUAACCUCUUGAUUCUUCUCUGGCAUUUAUCAGAAUUACAAUACCUUAAAAAAUUUCAAUUAAUUGAGCUUCUAUAAAAAUCUUCAAAGAUUUUGAAUUUUCAUAUUACUUUUUCCAUGGAUUAACCCAAGCACUGAAUGCCUUUAUUGCAGCAACCUCCGAAAAUUCCAAUCAUAAAAAUUAGAACAUUUUUCAAAACCAAAUUCACUAAUAACAUUCCGUUGUAAUAUUAAUAAAAUAGUUCUCUGCCAAUGCUUUUUAUCAUAUUUUAUUUAACAUUGUUAUAGUUUGUACGAAUUAGUUCCAUAAAUAAAACUUUUGUUUUUGCAAAACAAUUAAAAAACAUAAUCAAUAUGAAAUAAAAGUAAUGCUAAACUCUUGUAUUGUAUCCAAAACAAAUUGUAAGUAGUUAUAUAACUAUUGAAGAAAAAAAAACUAAAACAAAGCAACAUAUAACAUGCAUAUAUAAUAAUUAAUUAAAAUACAUUAAAUUAUUAUUAUAAACCCAGCAUACAUAACAUAGAUACUAUUAACACAGACACAAACAUUCACACACACACACCCCCUCCUAUCUACUAAAUUCAAAAAGGACAUGCAACAAUUUCAAAUAACAACAACAACAAAAAUAAUUAAUCAACAAGAAAAAGAAGUUCCAUAAGGAUAAUACAUUAUUUCAGCACUAGGACAAAUUAUGUACAUUUAUCAGUUUGUUUUUCAGUCACAGACCACACACAGUUUCAAGUGAAACCAAAAACAAGACGAAAAGCUAUAACACAAUUUAUUUAGAAAACUAUAACUUACUGUUACUUUGGGUUUAGAACAAACAAAGCAAAAUACUAAACAUGAUGCAAAAUAACAUAAAGCAAACAAAAAUUUGAAUAAAUUUUUUUUUGUAAAUUUUAAGACAUCACUGCCAUGUUAAAGGAAGUAUAAAAAAUAACAAAAAACACAACAACUACAAAAAAUAUCCGCAAGAAAACAAAACAAAUUAAGAACUUAAUGUAUUCAUUUUUACUGUCUCAGUUUCACUUUAUAAUACUAACUAUAUUAAUAAAUAAAUGAAUAAAAUACAAAAAGCAAUUCGAAAUAAACAAGAUAAACACAAAUCUAAA